AUGGUCUUGAUUGUUCAGGUCAGUGAAGCUGACAAUUCGUUGCCUUUGGACAUCCACAAUCAUGUUUUUCAACUUGUAGAGAAGGGAAACCAAGCUUUCAUUGAAUCUCGCUUUGAAGAGGCGAUUAGCAAUUAUUCAAAAGCCAAUUCUGUUAAGCCUCUUGACCCUGUUGUUCUAACCAAUAGAAGUGCUGCUUAUAUUAGAUUUGGCCAGUAUCUGAAGCAGAGAUCUGCAUCCAUUUCUGAAUAUAGACCUCUGAACGGUUUCGAUACGUCGAUGCUUAGUGAACUUGCUCUUAAGGAUGCUGAUAAGGUGACGAAUAUUCAGAGCAGUUCAGUGAAGUCAUAUAUAACAAAGGCCUGUGCACUCAUGUUGCUAGAAAGAUAUGAGGCAGCACGUGACACUAUCCUCUCAGGUCUACAGAUUGAUCCUUUUAGCGAUCCUCUCCGAUCCAAUCUUCAAGAAUUGGAGAAGGUUAUGCUGCCUACUUCGACGAGUAAGACUCAUGGAAAGACUGAGCGUUUUGAUGACUUUGAUUGCACUGUUUGCCUGAAAUUGCUGCCGAUCAUGCCUCUUUUCAGUCCAUGUUACUAUAUAUUGUGUUGCUUAUUUGAUGCUUUGUGGAAUAUAGGCAACAAAUGUCCAUUAUGCCGAACUGUCAUUUUUAUGACUCCAAGAACAUGCGCUGUCAGUGUGACACUGAAUAACAUCAUACAAAAAAACUUUCCAGAUGAGUAUGCUGAAAGGAAAUCAGAGCAAGAUACUUUGGUCCACUUAGGCAAUGAAAGUAUGCCUCUUUUUGUCAUUGAUGUCAUCAUAUCCUGUCAGAAGUUGUCUCUUCACAUUUUUGAACCAAGAUACCGACUGAUGGUGAGAAGAAUAAUGGAGGGAAACCAUCGGAUGGGAAUGGUAGCUCUUGAUUCUGCGACAGGUUCACCAGUGGAUGUUGCUUGCGAAGUCGAAAUCACAGAGUGUGAUCCACUCCCAGACGGACGUUUUGUCCUGGAGCUGGAAAGCCAUAGAAGGUGUCGCAUAGUAAAAGCUUGGGAUCAAGAUGGGUAUCGUGUUGCGGAGGUUGAAUGGGUCACAGAUCUACCACCACAAAGCGACCAAGAGAAAGCAGACCUGCGGGAACUGACGACUAGUGCAGCAUCAUUUGCUCGGGCAUGGCUAGAGAGAGCAAAGGAAGCAGCUAGACAUGGAGGUUGGAUAUAAAUUGGGUUGGGUUAUUUGUGGGUUGGACUGGGCUGGGUUAUUUUAUCCUACGUUAACAUCUCUACUGAUAUGGUCGAGUAUUACGGCGGAUUUUAAAAGGUAACAAGCGCACUGGGUAUGAAAUCAAACAUCUCAGAUAUGCUUGUAUGUGUGUGACCAUGCGACAUAAAUAUUUAACUAAGAACUUGACCCGUACAACCGUGCGUUUUUUUUCUUCAUUUUUU